AUUAGACACGUGGACCACUUUGGGUUUAUCUGCCGAGAGUCCUCAGGAGGUGGAGGCGUUCAUUUUGUCUGUUAUGUGUUUCAAUGCACAAAUGAAGCUCUGGUUGAUGAAAUUAUGAUGACCCUGAAACAGGCUUUCACGGUGGCUGCAGUGCAGCAGACGAAAGCACCAACCCAGCUGUGUGAGGGCUGCCCCCUGCAGGGCCUGCACAAGCUCUGUGAACGGAUAGAGGGAAUGAGUUCUUCUAAAACCAAACUGGAACUCCAGAAGCAUCUGACAACAUUAACCAAUCAGGAGCAAGCAAUGGUUUUUGAGGAGGUUCAGAAAUUGAGACCAAGAAAUGAGCAGCGAGAGAAUGAAUUGAUUAUUUCUUUCCUGAGGUGUUUAUAUGAAGAGAAACAAAAAGUGCACAUCCAUAUCGGGGAGAUAAAGCAGACACCACAGAUUGCAGCAGAGAAUAUUGGAAGUGAAUUACCAUCUAGUGCCACUCGAUUUAGGCUAGAUAUGCUGAAAAACAAAGCGAAGAGAUCUUUAACAGAGUCCUUAGAAAGUAUUUUGUCCCGGGGUAAUAAAGCCAGAGGCCUUCAGGAACAUUCCACCAGCUUGGACCUGGACAGCUCCAUGUCUAGCACAUUAAGUAACACCAGCAAAGAGCCAUCUGUGUGUGAAAAGGAGGCCUCGCCUGUCUCAGAGAGCUCCAUCCGGCUCCUCGGCUCCUCGGGUGAGCUGUCCAGUGACUCGGAGGGCCGUCCCGCAGAAGAGCCAGCUCCACUCUCACCCCAGCAGGGUUUCAGAAGGCGCGCCAACACCCUGAGUCAUUUCCCUGUGGAAUGCCAGGAACCGCCGGAGCCUGCGCAGGGGUCUCCAGGGGUCUCGCAGAGAAAACUGAUGAGGUAUCACUCAGUGAGCACAGAGACGCCUCAUGAACGGAAUGGGAAUCAUCCACCUGUUGGCGAGUCUAAAAGUUGCUCAGCUCCUUCAGCUCCUGCCCCUCCACCUCGUCUUAACCCCUCCGCCUCCUCGCCAAAUUUUUUUAAGUACCUAAAACAUAACUCGAGUGGAGAACAAAGUGGGAAUGCUGUGCCAAAGAGCAUCUCCUACCGUAAUGCCCUGCGGAAAAAACUUCAUUCUUCUUCCUCUGUGCCAAAUUUUCUAAAAUUUCUGGCUCCUGUAGAUGAAAAUAACACCUCUGACUUUAUGAACACAAAAAGGGAUUUUGAAUCCAACGCCAACCACCUUGGUGACACCAUUGGGACCUCUGUAAAGACACGGAGACACUCGUGGAGGCAGCAGAUAUUUCUCCGAGUGGCAACCCCACAGAAAGCGUGUGAUUCUCCCAGCAGAUACGAAGGUCCCUCCUGUCUACACAGGCUUUAUGACUUUUCAAGGAUGACAGAUUACUCUGAGCUGGGAGAGCUUCCCCCGCGGUCUCCUUUAGAGCCAGUUUGUGAAGACGGACCCUCUGGCCCUGUACUAGAGGAAAAGAAAAGGACCUCUCGCGAGCUUCGAGAACUAUGGCGAAAGGCAAUUCUGCAACAGAUACUGCUCCUCAGGAUGGAGAAGGAAAACCAGAAGCUGCAAGCCUCUGAAAAUGACUUGCUGAACAAGCGCCUGAAGCUUGAUUAUGAAGAAAUCACUCCUUGUCUUAAAGAAGUCACUGCAGUUUGGGAAAAGAUGCUGAGCACUCCAGGAAGAUCCAAAAUUAAGUUUGACAUGGAAAAAAUGCAUUCGGCUGUUGGGCAAGGUGUGCCACGUCAUCACCGGGGUGAAAUCUGGAAAUUCCUAGCAGAGCAAUACCACCUUAAACACCAGCUUCCCAGUAAACAGCAGCCAAAGGACACGCCGUACAAAGAACUCCUAAAACAGCUCACCUCCCAGCAGCACGCGAUUCUUAUCGACCUCGGGCGAACCUUUCCAACACAUCCGUACUUCUCAGCGCAGCUAGGAGCCGGGCAGCUGUCACUUUACAACAUUUUGAAGGCCUACUCUCUUCUAGACCAAGAAGUAGGAUAUUGCCAAGGCCUCAGCUUUGUGGCGGGCAUCUUGCUGCUUCACAUGGGUGAGGAAGAGGCGUUUCACAUGCUCAAGUUUCUGAUGUUUGACAGGGGACUGCGGAAACAGUACCGGCCGGACAUGAUUAUUUUACAGAUCCAGAUGUACCAGCUCUCCAGGCUGCUGCACGAUUACCACAGAGACCUUUACAAUCACCUCGAGGAGCACGAGAUCGGCCCCAGCCUCUACGCCGCCCCCUGGUUCCUCACCGUGUUCGCCUCCCAGUUCCCUCUGGGGUUUGUGGCCAGAGUCUUUGAUAUGAUCUUUCUUCAGGGAUCAGAGGUCAUAUUUAAGGUGGCCCUAAGUCUGUUGGGAAGCCAUAAGCCCUUGAUUCUGCAGCAUGAAAACCUAGAAACCAUAGUUGACUUUAUAAAAAACACACUACCCAACCUGGGCUUGGUGCAAAUGGAAAAGACCAUCAAUCAGGUGUUUGAGAUGGACAUCUCUAAACAGCUACAAGCUUAUGAAGUUGAGUACCACGUGCUUCAAGAAGAACUUAUCGAUUCCUCUCCUCUCAGUGACAACCAAAGAAUGGACAAAUUAGAGAAAACCAACAGCAGCUUACGCAAACAGAACCUUGACCUCCUUGAACAACUGCAGGUGGCGAACGGUAGGAUCCAGAGCCUGGAAGCCACCGUGGAGAAGCUCCUGACCAGCGAGAGCAAGCUGAAGCAGGCUGCCCUGGCCUUGGAGCUGGAGCGCUCGGCGCUGCUGCACACGGUGGAGGAGCUUCGGAGGCAGGCUGCAGAGCUGGGCGGUCCGCGGCCUGACCGCACGCAGCCCCCGCCCACGGGCGACUGACACACGGGGACAGCACCCCGCCAGGCAUGGCUCUGGAGGAGACCUUGCAACACCAUCCGGACACUGUCCAGGCCUUAACUGAGAGAGAAAGAAGGUGCUGGAUGGGGAGAAUGAAGUGCGAAGCGUGCGUCUCAGGGAGGAAACAGGCUUGCCAGCAGGCAGAUUCUUCUGAACUAGUAAAACUUGCAAUUCAGGGGGGCGAACGCCCCAUUGUUUUUGUUGUUGUUUAGGCUCCACUUGGUCCCUUCUCCGGUUCUAAUUACUAUAAUCAGUAGAUUUAGAUGGCAUGGACAUGAAUAAAUGCACCUUUGUGUUUCCUUUUUUGGUAUCACUUUGUCUGUAAGGAGCAUUCAUAAUACUGUGGAAUUUCAAAAGCUGGAAGUGCUCGAGAUAAUUACUCUGGCAAAGAUGUGGGUCCAUCGUUUUUCCAAGGAGGGUUGGAGUGACUGCACCCUCGGCGUUACCUGCAGGGCGUGUGCCCUUCGCCUUCCAUCUUUGCUAUGGAAGACCAAGGUAACCAUUGGGAAAGAUCAAAAGUGAUUUAUUUAAAUUUAACAUCUUGAGUUUGGUCUCUGUCCUUGAUAUGUAAUGAAGUUUCUUUUUCUAAAAACAUAGUAUUUUCAUACAUUUUUUUUGCGUAGCCCUUAAGUAUUGAUCAAAGUCAUUGUAGAUAAAUGUUUUAUGGGAAGAUCACCAUUUUUUAGACUACCAGGUAUUGCUAGCAUGCGCCCUGCAGCGGUGGCAUUCGAGAUAUUUAUUUAUUUGUGGUGUUUUCUAUCCAUGUUCUAGAGUCCUGUAUGCAUUUUUGCCUGUUGUAUGACGGACUGCAGCUGUGUGUCCCUUGGAGCCUCUACCUGUUGGGAAUCUGAUUCCUUGCAGGAGUAGCAGGCCACAUCAGGAUUUUUAGGGUGCCAGAGAUUCUGGGACUUUCAAAAAAGAUCAGCCUAAAAUUGCAAUCAAAUGUAUGGCAGCUGAGAGCAGGGUUUUCGAGGUAGGAUGUGUGUAUUGACCAUAACUCACAACACAGUGACGCCCCCUCCCCACUCGCCCCACUCAGGAUGAUGAAGACCCUGUGCCUUCAACAAGCAAAAAGCCGCUCACGGUUGCCCUGGUUUCAUUUGGUUGCUAUGUUGGGCCUCUCCCAUGUGCUUUCAGAAUGGGGGGUUUUCUUACAAAGGGUGGAUUAGAGAGGAACUGUGUAGGCACACGUCACUUCCUUCAAAGAAGAAUCAUUGCUGGUCCUUGCAACCACUUGUUCUAUCCCAAAGGAGUUUCUUUUGACUUUCUCAGUGGUGGGCAUCUCUUUGAGUCUGAGGUGAAAAUAAUUUUCAGAUCUGAUAUCAUUAUAAAUCUUCCCAGACAUUUCAAAGGGGGACAAACAUGUUGCCCCCAGUGCCUAAACACUUGGUUGACAUUUGGGACACUCCUGAUCCCCAUGUCAGAGGAUAGUAGUUCUCUUCAUAAGCCAAGAUUACAAGCCCAGUAGCCUUUAACCCAAGUUGUCCCUCCCAUCAGAUAUAACUUAGAGAAGUUAACAGUUGAGGGCUUUUCCCCCAAUAUUUUACUGUUUGAAUAUUUAAUAAUGUUGAAAUUUGGACAACUUAUGACCAUUCCUCAAAAACACUGACUCUGCAUUAAAUAAGAAACAAGAAAGCAAUAAAACAAUUCAUGUGCACAGUU